UUCAUCGUCUCAAACCCUCAUACCUCUCUCUCAAACCCUAAUUUCACCCACUACUCGAGAGAGAGAAAAAACAUUAUGGCCGGUAAAGGUGAAGGUCCUGCUAUCGGUAUUGAUCUUGGAACUACAUACUCAUGUGUUGGUGUUUGGCAACACGAUCGUGUUGAGAUCAUUGCCAAUGAUCAAGGGAACAGGACGACCCCGUCUUAUGUUGCAUUUACCGAUUCCGAGAGGUUGAUUGGUGAUGCCGCCAAGAAUCAGGUCGCCAUGAACCCUACCAACACUGUCUUUGAUGCAAAGCGUCUCAUUGGUAGAAGAUUUUCUGAUUCCUCUGUCCAAAGUGACAUCAAGCUAUGGCCUUUCAAGGUUACCCCUGGACCAGCUGAGAAGCCCAUGAUUGCUGUUAACUACAAAGGGGAAGAGAAGACUUUUGCUGCUGAGGAGAUCUCCUCCAUGGUGCUCAUCAAAAUGAAGGAAAUUGCUGAGGCCUUCCUUGGAUCAACAGUGAAAAACGCCGUUGUCACUGUUCCUGCAUACUUCAAUGACUCACAGCGUCAGGCUACCAAGGAUGCUGGUGUGAUCUCAGGACUUAAUGUCAUGCGUAUCAUCAAUGAACCCACUGCUGCAGCCAUUGCUUAUGGUCUUGACAAGAAGGCUACCAGCGUUGGUGAGAAGAAUGUUCUCAUCUUCGAUCUUGGUGGUGGUACCUUUGAUGUGUCUCUUCUGACCAUUGAAGAAGGUAUCUUUGAGGUUAAAGCCACCGCUGGUGAUACUCAUCUUGGUGGAGAGGAUUUCGACAACAGAAUGGUCAACCAUUUUGUUCAAGAAUUCAAGAGGAAGCACAAGAAGGAUAUUACCGGCAACCCCCGAGCUCUCAGGAGGUUGAGGACUUCUUGUGAAAGGGCAAAGAGAACUCUCUCAUCCACUGCCCAGACCACCAUUGAAAUUGACUCUCUAUAUGAAGGUGUUGACUUCUACUCCACCAUCACCCGUGCUAGAUUCGAGGAGCUGAACAUGGAUCUGUUCAGGAAGUGCAUGGAGCCUGUUGAGAAAUGUUUGAGAGAUGCCAAGAUGGACAAGAGCUCCAUCCAUGAUGUCGUUCUUGUUGGUGGAUCCACCAGAAUUCCCAAGGUCCAACAGCUACUCCAAGACUUCUUCAAUGGAAAGGAGCUCUGCAAGAGCAUCAACCCUGAUGAGGCUGUUGCUUACGGUGCUGCUGUUCAAGCCGCCAUUUUGAGUGGUGAGGGCAACGAGAAAGUCCAAGAUUUGCUUCUUUUGGAUGUUACUCCCCUUUCCCUUGGUCUUGAAACCGCUGGAGGUGUCAUGACUGUUCUCAUUCCAAGAAACACCACCAUCCCAACCAAAAAGGAACAAGUUUUCUCUACAUAUUCCGACAACCAGCCCGGUGUGUUGAUUCAAGUUUAUGAAGGUGAAAGAACCCGAACAAGAGACAACAACUUGUUGGGCAAAUUCGAGCUCUCCGGCAUUCCUCCAGCCCCCAGAGGAGUCCCCCAGAUCACUGUCUGCUUUGACAUUGAUGCCAAUGGUAUCCUUAAUGUCUCUGCUGAAGACAAGACAACCGGACAGAAGAACAAGAUUACCAUCACCAAUGACAAGGGAAGGCUCUCAAAGGAAGAAAUUGAAAAGAUGGUUCAGGAGGCCGAGAAAUACAAGUCUGAGGAUGAGGAACACAAGAAGAAGGUUGAGGCCAAGAAUGCUUUGGAGAACUACGCCUACAACAUGAGGAACACCGUGAAGGAUGAGAAGAUUGGCGAGAAGUUGACCCCGGGUGACAAGAAGAAGAUCGAGGAUGCUAUCGAUGAGGCUAUUUCAUGGUUGGACACCAACCAGCUUGCUGAGGCUGAUGAAUUUGAAGACAAGAUGAAGGAGCUUGAGAACGUGUGCAACCCAAUCAUUGCUAAGAUGUACCAAGGUGGAGCUGGUGAUGCUGCCGGUGGUAUGGACGAGGACGCUGCUCCUUCAGGAGGAAGCGGUGCUGGCCCCAAGAUCGAGGAGGUCGACUAAUUGUAUUGUCGUCCCUGGCUCGAUUUAUCUGUUUUACAGUUUGUUUAGUUUCAUUUAAGCAGUGCCUAUAUAUCAUGUUUAAGGUGCUGGUGAUACACUUUCUCUUAUUAUGUUUUGGUCUUUUGGUACCCCUAUUUUCAUGGGGGUGAAUUUUGUUAGGCGUUAAUGCCUUCUGGAUUUUAUUAAUCUUUCAUGUCAUUUAAGUUUCGCUUUUGGCUAA